AUGGAUUACGAGGUAGUCGCCCCGGGACAAAACGAUGCCUUGCUCCAGAACCGGUGUGAGCCAGGCUGUUGGGAACCGAUCAAGAACAUCCACGACCCGUACGUGCAAGAGAUGGGGAGGUUUGCAGUGAUGGAACACACACACAAGCUAGUAGGAGCAUCAUUGAAAUUCAUUUGUGUGGUGAGUGGUGAGACUAGGCCGAUGAGCCAAGGCAAAGAAUACAGGCUUGUGGUGGAAGUGGCUGAACAGAUAAUAACUAGUCCUCCAAUGUUAUCAGUUUCAAUCAAGUUUUACUUGGCAACUGUUCUGGAGAAGCCAAUAGAUCGAUCUUGGCAACUCAUAUCUUUUGUAUCUUCUAAUUAG